AAGGUUUAGCGGUCUGGGACGUGGUACUCUUCUAACAUUGAAUAUUUUGCCACCGCUAGAUGGCAGUCGACCAGUAGACGUCUGGAGUAGGUAGUGAGGCUAUACGUCACUUCUCAAGAUGCCUAGCAUUAAACUUCAGAGCAGCGAUGGGGACACUUUUGAGGUGGACGUGGAAAUUGCUAAACAGAGCGUCACCAUAAAGACUAUGUUGGAGGACCUGGGAAUGGAUGAAGAUGAGGAAGAAGUGGUGCCCCUUCCAAAUGUAAAUGCUGCCAUUUUGAAGAAGGUCAUCCAGUGGUGCACCUACCACAAAGACGACCCUCCUCUUCCAGACGAUGACGACAAUAAAGAGAAGCGCACUGAUGACAUCUCCUCUUGGGAUGCAGACUUCUUGAAGGUUGAUCAGGGCACACUGUUUGAACUCAUCUUGGCAGCAAAUUACUUGGACAUUAAGGGCUUGCUGGAUGUCACAUGUAAGACCGUUGCCAACAUGAUCAAGGGCAAGACCCCAGAUGAAAUACGCAAGACUUUCAAUAUCAAGAAUGACUUCACACCCUCCGAGGAAGAACAAGUCCGCAAGGAGAAUGAAUGGUGUGAGGAAAAGUAAAACUAUUGUAAACAAAGGUUCUUGGACACAUGGAUAAUCUCAUCCUCGGUGUUAGUGGAAGGAUGCAGAGCAAUUGGAUGGUAGAGUCAGUCGUUAUAUGGAAAGAAGUACAUAAUGGAAAAUCAGUUACAUAAGACAACCUAAGUUAUUUAGAAGACAUCAUUGUAAGGUACUUAUCUUUCAAUAUGUAAUGAGAAUAUUUCAUGCUUGCAUAAUGUUGUUACUUGACGUGUAGAAUAAAUUACUGUACAUUAUACUGUAGUAGAUGUACAUGACUACUGGUACCUUUCACCACGACUGACAUUCAGGUAUGUCAGUGUCCAGUUUCGAAAGGACUAAAUUGAGGCUUCUUGAAAUUGGAUAAAGCAAUUGAACAAAUAGUUUUGAGUGCUUGAAUAAUAUAUACAGUACAGAGGUUAAGUGGAACUGGAAUAAUUUAAAAAAAAAUGCAUGAUCUGCUGUACAUGCAUUUGUCACCCCCUUAACACAGUACAGUACAGUAUAGACGUUUGUGCAAGUAAAGUGAUUCUUCAGCGAGUUUUUUUGCCUGUGCAUGUCAGGAGGCUUUUUAUGAAAAGGUAAGACUGAAUUUCAAUGUUCUAUAGCUUUUGGAACAUCUUAGUUUUGACCACACUUAAACCGAGCAGAAGAAUGUAUUGGAAUCUAUUCAUUCAGUUUGUAAAAAUAAUUUUGAAAUUUUUCUGAAAAAAUAAUUUUGACAUUUUUCUUAUGACAAACUGUUUAUUCUUGUAAUGUACUCUCAGUCUUUUCCAUCUGGGUUAUUUAUAUGAACUAUGUCUGAGUGUAUGGUUUAUUAAAUAUGUACAUCAUAUUUAGUACUUACCAUUAUCCUUUACUAAAUGGAAAGGUAUGGCUGUCAGUCAUAUUUAUUUUAACUAAUUUUCCUUCUCAUCUUUAUAUUUUUUACCCCAUUUUAUUAAGUUCUGUUUAUUAGACAGGAUCAGCAAAAAAUUCUAUUAAAGGACUUCAAAUAAACCUUCAGUUUUCA